UCUUUGCCACUCAAACACGAAUUUUGGACUCUUUUACGAUCGUUGACCGUCUAACCCUAGCGGUGCGGCGGCCCGUGGGGGUCCUCCGCCGAAAGCAAAAAAUAUCGUUAUUUUGCCACCGCUCCUCCACAAUCACACCAUCCUCUCUUAGUCUCAUUGCCUCCAAGCUGCGAUUAAGCUCUACUAUGGCUGUUUCAUCUUCGACUUCCUGCAUCUCCCUCCAAACAUUGUGUCGUCAAAAGGCUACUUCGGACCUUGGUAGUACGACUGGGUCGGUGAAGAUGCCGGUGUUCAACUCCGUUGCAAGUGUCAAGAGAAAGAACGUUUCCUUCAGCACUUGUAAUGUUUUGGGCGAAUUUGAGAGUGAAGGCGCCGGCGAAGCGAACAUUAAUGCUAUGAAGGACGAGGUCUUUGUGACGUUUUUCCGGGAAGCGUGGCCGUAUUUCACGGCUCAUCGUGGCAGCACCUUUGUUGUUCUUCUUUCUGCUGAAGUUAUCGAUAGCUCCCUUUUAGAUCCUAUUUUAAUGGAUAUCUCGCUCCUUCAUGGUCUGGGAAUCAAAUUUGUUCUUGUUCCAGGGACACAUGUACAAAUCGACCAGCGAUUAGCGGAAAAAGGUUGUGAACCUAAGUAUGUUGGAAGAUACAGAAUCACAGACCCCGAUUCUCUGGAUGCAGCAAUGGAUUCAGCUGGAAGAAUCCGUUUCAUGAUCGAGGCAAAACUCUCUCCCGGACCAUCCUUAUGCAGCAUACGCAGACAUGGAGAAAACAGGCGCUGGCAUGACAGUGUUAGUGUUGAAAGUGGUAAUUUUCUUGCAGCCAAGAAAAGAGGAGUUGUUGAAGGAAUUGAUUAUGGAGCAACAGGUGAAGUAAAGAAAGUUGAUGUUGAACGCAUUCGUAAGAAGCUGGACAAUGAUUCCAUUGUCAUCUUAAGCAACCUUGGACAUUCAAGCUCUGGUGAAGUGCUAAAUUGCAACACAUAUGAAGUUGCUACAGCUUGUGCUUUGGCUCUUGGAGCUGAGAAGCUUAUAUGCGUCAUAGAUGGUCCAAUUUUAGAUGAAUGGGGUCGUUUGAUUAGGUUUUUGACUCUUGAAGAUGCAGACAUGUUGAUUCGUAGACGAGCUAAACAAAGUGAGAUUGCUGCUAAUUACGUAAAAGCCAUUGGAGAGGAAGACUCCAAUUCCAAUUCCAAUUCCAAUUCCAUUGAUUUUAGCACCAUGAAUGGAAUGGCAUCGAGUGACAGGUAUACUGCAAAAUUCCAGAAUGGUGUUGGUUUCGAUAAUGGAAAUGGUUUGUGGUCAAGUGAACAAGGGUUUGCCAUUGGAGGACAAGAAAGGUUGAGUAGAUCAAAUGGGUAUUUAUCAGAGUUGGCUGCUGCAGCCUUUGUUUGUAGAGGAGGUGUCCAGAGAGUUCAUUUGCUAGAUGGGAGUAUAUCUGGAGUGCUACUUAAGGAGCUCUUUCAAAGAGAUGGAGUAGGGACUAUGGUGGCUAGUGAUCUUUAUGAAGGUACCAGAAUGGGAAAAGUAGAUGAUCUUCCUGGAAUAAGACAAAUUUUCAAACCUCUAGAAGAUUCUGGAACUUUGGUCAAGAGAACCGAUGAAGAGUUACUCAAAGCAUUGGAUUCUUUCAUUGUUGUGGAGAGAGAGGGGCAAAUUAUCGCGUGUGCUGCUCUGUUUCCAUUUUUUGAAGAAAAGUGUGGGGAGGUUGCUGCGAUUGCUGUUUCUCCUGACUGUAGGGGACAAGGGCAAGGGGACAAAUUACUUGAUUAUAUUGAGAAAAAAGCAUCUUCAAUGGGACUUCAGAAGCUGUUCUUGCUGACAACACGAACAGCAGAUUGGUUUGUAAGGCGGGGGUUUUCGGAGUGCUCAAUUGAGUGUAUACCAGAGGAAAGGCGAAAAAGGAUAAAUUUGUCGCGGGGAUCUAAGUAUUAUAUGAAACAACUGCUACCCGACACUAGUGGAAUCCGUUUUAAUAGUAUGUUUGCUUGAGUUGUGUUGAUAUUAGAUGGAGCUAGUUUUAUGAAUAAGGGAAUGUUUGUUAUUGUGCAUGUGGUUUUGGGAGGUUUUUUUUUUUAUAAAUAAGAGAAUGUUUGUUAGUAUCCA